AUGGGAGGACCAAAAAUUCGUAAGAAAUUUCAAAUGACCCUUAUGAAUAUUAUAAAAAGAAAAUACAAUUGUGUAAAUGUUAAAGUUGAAAGAGAAUAUAAAAAAAUAAAUAGACUGAUGUAUUAUAUUCAAGCAUGUAUAGAUGAAGAAUAUGAAAAGAAUAAAAAUUUACUUUGCUUUAAUAAUGUGUCUUAUCAACAAAAUAAUUACCAUAUGUUAUUCUACAUACAUAUGUUAAGAAUCUCUUACCUUUUAAAAAAUAUGACGGUAAAUGAAUGUAAAUGGUUAUAUAUAUAUAGAAAAAUUACAACACUCUAUUUUAUAGUAGAACAAAAUAAGGAAAAAGAACAAAAUAAGGAAAAAGAACAAAAUAAGGAAAAAGAACAAAAUAAGGAAAAAGAACAAAAUAAGGAAAAAGAACAAAAUAAUUACCAUAUAAAUGUGAAAUAUGUCAAUAUAAAAAACAAUAUUCUUAUUAAUAAUGAUAUGCAAAAUUUAUCACCUCAUACAAUAGAAACAAAAAUAUGCAAUAAAUAUAACCUCUUCACAUUACAUUCAAAUUAUGUAUUUGUAUAUGAAACAAUAUUAAAUAAAAUACAUAAUUAUUUAUCUAUAUAUAAUAUAGAUGAUAUGUUAUUGUUGUUAAAUAUAUGUGAUCGUUUCUUUCGUAUCUUCUUGACUAUAUAUAAUAAAAAUAAUAAUCACAAACGUAUGAACAAAUUAAAUUAUAUAUAUAUUUAUUCAAAUGAUUAUAAUGAUAUUCAUAAUAAUAAUGAUAAUUAUAAUAAUUUUUAUAAUUAUAAUAAUUAUUAUUAUAAUUCAAAUAUAAGAACAAAGGGAAAUGAUAACAUAUAUAAACAAAGAAGUAAUCAUAAAGAUAUAUUUAUUAACCAAUAUGAUGAUAUAUAUUAUCUAAAAUAUCAUCAAAUAUUUAUAAAUACCAUAAAUUUAAUGACAAAUAUAUUAGAUACGAUACAUUAUAAGAUUCUAAACCCUAUUCAAUUAAUAGAACUUAUCAAUAUAUUUUAUAGAAUAACAAAAAAAGGAAUAAUAAAUGAAAAGCAUAUAAUUAAAUUAUUUCACAAUGUUAUACAAAUAUAUAAGGAUAUAAAAUGUAUGAAUACAUAUAAUGAUAUAAUUUUUAAAAUAAUAAAUAUAAUGUAUAAAUCUAAAAUUAUUAAUUAUAACAUAGUCUUUCCUUUUGUUAUACAAAUGAAAAAUAGGAACAUAUAUAAAUAUCCUAUGAAUAUGUUUUUUUUUGAAAUAUAUUUAAAAUUAUUAACAUUAAUAAAUAUACAACCAUAUAAUUUAUAUCUUUAUAAUUGUUGUAAACAAUAUAUAUUAAAUAAUAUAUAUAAUGUGGAUCCAUCAAAAGUAUAUAACUUCUUCUUUAUAUCAAAUUUAUCAGGAAUAUAUAAUGUUUCAAUUAUAAAUAUCUAUAUAAAUUAUAUUUUUAAAAAAAAAAAAAAUUCACAUUUGAAUAUUUCUUUAACACACAAAAUUUAUUACACUUUAUUAGGAUGGAGCAUUAUAUAUAAUACAAUUCUUAAAAAUAAAUAUAACCACAAUGAACCUAACAUCAAAAUUAUACUCAUAAAUUUUAACAACAAAAAUAUUCACUAUAUAUAUGAUAAUAAAUGCGUACAUCUUAAUUCUUAUUAUGAUUAUCUAUUUAAGAGGUUGAAAUAUUUAUUACAUUUUUAUAGAAACAAAUUGAUAUAUUUAAAGGAAAAAAAAAAAAAAAAAACAAAAAAAAAAAAUAAUAAAAUAAAUCAUACGGAUAGGAAACAUAACAAUGGAAGUAAUUAUAGUACACAUAGUACACAUAAUAAUAAUAAUAAUAAUGAUAUGGAUAAUUGUGGUAGUAGUAGGUAUGUACCUUUAAAUAAUAAUAUUCAUAAUAUGGAUAAUUGUGGUAGUAGUAGGUAUGUACCUUUAAAUAAUAAUAUUCAUAAUAUGGAUAAUUGUGGUAGUAGUAGGUAUGUACCUUUAAAUAAUAAUAUUCAUAAUAUACACACAGCAAAAGAGAAUUACCAAUUCAAUCAAUUUUCCAUUUUUUCCAUUUUGAAGCAAUAUUUUCCUAACAUUAUUAAUGAAUAUACAACAAAUGAACUAAUCUCUUUAGAUAUCUUUCUACCUAUGAAUAAACAAUAUUGUUCUAAAAAUAUUGCUAUAGAAUUCAACGGAAGAACACACUAUAAUUUAUUAAUUAAUAAAACAAGUUCAAAUCAACACACAUGUCAAAUGGUUGAAAAUUAUAAUACAAAAUAUAAAAAAUGGCUUUUAUCAAAUUAUCCAUUCCAUAUCAUAUAUAUACCUUAUUAUAAGUGGAACAUGUUAACGCAUAAACAAAAAGAAAAAUAUCUUAUGGAAGAUAUACAUUCAUGUUGUGAUCUAAAGGAUAAUAUACACAUACGUUGA